AUGGAUCUCCUCACUGUCACCCUGGCUCUCCUGGUUCUCCUGACCCCAGCCUGGGGCUUCGACCUGGGCCAGUCGACCCGGUGCGUGCCCAUCCCCCACCAGAUGAGUGUGUGCCAGGACGUGGGCUACUCGGAGAUGAGGCUGCCUAACUUCCUGGGCCACAGCAGCCUGGAGGGCGAAGUGGUUCCCCGCUCGGAGGACUGGAGACCCCUGCUGCAGACUGGCUGCCAUCCCCAGGCCCAAGCCUUCCUCUGCUCCCUCAUCGCCCCCGUCUGCCUCGACACGUACGUAUAUAGCUUCUGUUUGCCUUUUACCUAUUCAUGUCCUCUUCUACCUUUGUAUGUCCUUGCUGUGCCCGUGUCUGUCUGUCUGUCUGUAUGUCUGUCUGUAUGUCUGUCUGUGUCUCUAUCUCCAUACUAUGCCACUCUUUUCCUUCUCUGUCAAUCUGGCUGUUCUUUCUCCCGUGUUUGAGUCUGUCUGCCUAGUUCCUUCCCACUUUCUCUUGCUAACUCCUUCUUAAGAGGAAUCUAUCCACUACUCACUUUUCACCCUAUCCACACCAGUGUGUGUCUACAGUGUAACAUUCCUGUAAUUUCCAGCGAGUACCCACUGCGUUCUUAAACCUAACCCUGUGUCUCUCUUUCCAUCUCCAGGUUUAUCCAGCCAUGCCAUAGCCUGUGCGUGGCCGUCAGGGACAGCUGUGCCCCAGUACUGGCCUGUCAGAGCCACGUCUGGCCAGAGGCGCUGGACUGUGACCGUUUCCCUGCCCAAGAGGACAUGUGCCUGACCCCCCACCCCAAACACAGCAACAGUCACCUCGCCAAAGCAUUACCUAAGCCUGCAUGCCAAGCCUGUCCUUCUGUGGAGGAGCACCCUUCACUGAAGACAGUUCUGGACGCUCUGUGCCAGGAUGACUUUGGUAAGCAUGUGCAAUAAUGAACUGCAUGUCUGUGCAUGUUUCUAUUGAUUAGUGUGUUACGCAAGUGUAUUAGUGUUCAUUUGUGUGUGUAUUGGUGUGUAUAUUUGUGUGUGUUUGUACCAUACAUAUGUGUGUAGUUCUGUCUAAGCUAGCAUACUCACCCUCUCUCCUCUCUCUCUUCCCCCAGCUGUAACAGCCAAGCUGUCUCGCCGGCGCCUGCCCUCAGGGGAGCCAGAGUUUGAGGUGGAGGGCAGGGUAGAGUUUAUCCGCCAGGGCCCCCUCCUGCCCUACGACACCCAGCACCUCCUCCAGCAGUGGCUGCUCAUUAACCUGCGCUGUGCCAACGCCCUAGUCCGGCCCGGCCGCAGCCAGCUCUACCUGCUGACUGGGGCGGUGCAGCCAGAUGGCACCCUGGCUCUCACCCGCCUCUUCCCCUGGCACAAGAAGGACCACAGCAUCGCAGUGGCCACGCGGAAGUGGAAGCACCACAAGUGUUGA